ACCAAGUAAACUGCACAUCUUUCAUCAAUGGCUUCCACUGCUCUCUCUCCAGCGCUACCUUUUGAAAACGAAAAAUCAUCAUUGACAAUAAAUUAUAUUGGUUUCUUCAAUCAGUACAAGAUUGGAUAUGAUCUGAAAUCAGAGGCAAGUCCUUUCAAGACAAUGGAAGAGCCAUUUCUUCCGAGAGACGAACAGUUACUCUCUUGUAAAGCCACAUGGCAAAGUGGUCAGGUCACCACCGAGCUGAAGAAAGUGAGCCGAUUGGCCGCUCCAAUGGCCACCGUGACCAUUGCUCAGUACUUAUUGCCUGUCAUCUCAGUCAUGGUCGCCGGCCACAUCGGCGAGCUCCAGCUCGCUGGCGUCGCUCUUGCCACGUCUUUCACAAACGUCUCCGGCUUCAGCAUAAUGUUUGGGUUAGUGGGUGCAUUGGAAACUCUUUGUGGCCAAGCUUAUGGAGCCAAACAAUACGAAAAAAUCGGAACCUACACAUACUCUGCAAUGGCUUCCAACAUACCAAUUUGUUUCAUCAUAUCAAUUCUCUGGAUUUACAUCGAAAAGCUAUUAAUCUCUCUCGGACAAGACCCUGACAUCUCCAGAGUCGCUGGCUCCUAUGCCUUGUGGCUCAUACCGGCUUUGUUUGCCCACGCCAUUUUCUUACCACUGACUCGGUUUCUGCUAGCACAAGGGUUGGUUCUUCCCCUGCUCUACUCUGCACUGACCACCCUUUUGUUCCACAUCGCGGUGUGCUGGACUUUUGUUUUCGCGCUUGGUCUGGGAAGCAAUGGAGCUGCCCUAGCUAUUAGUGUGUCUUUCUGGUUUUACGCUGUGAUACUCUCAUGCUAUGCGAGAUUCUCAAGCUCUUGCAAGAAGACUCGCGGAUUUGUAUCAAAUGAUUUUAUGUCAUGUGUCAAGCAGUACUUUCAGUACGGAGUCCCAUCCGCUGGAUUGACUUGAAUUGAAACCAAUCGUAACAAGAUCAGUUUCAUACUCUUCCUCGCCGACAAUGAUCCCACCACCGGUCAAAGCUGGUGUCCAGACUGUGUUAGAGUUGAACCUGUGAUUUACAAGACUCUAGAGGAAUUUCCAGAGGAGGUGAAUCUUAUUCUCGGUUUAAGCCCACCGGAGUGCCAACUCUUGGACUAUGGUGGGAUUGAGGAUUUCUUUGUGUUGUUUUCCAAUAAUUUCUCCAACGUUUUUGCAGGGAUGGGAAGGUCUGAGUUCUAUGAGCCUGCUCUGCUUUUCAUGGGAGAAUUCUGUCUUCUCCCAAACCCGAAACUCGAGACCUCUGUUCUUUCGAUUUGUCUUACAAUAGGAACUUUACACUAUGUGAUUCCAUCUGGAGUCGCGGCGGCUGUGAGCACACGUGUGUCAAACAAAUUGGGAGCUGGAAAUCCUAAAGUUGCUAGGGUUUCCGUAUUGGCAGGGCUUUGUCUCUGGAUAGUAGAAUCAGCUUUCUUUAGCACACUUCUCUUCACCUGCCGAAACAUCGUAGGCUACGCAUUCAGCAACAGCAAAGAAGUUGUUGACUAUGUGGCUGACAUAUCUCCUUUGCUCUGUCUCUCCUUCAUCCUAGACGGAUUUACCGCAGUUCUAAAUGGAGUUGCUAGAGGAUGUGGGUGGCAACACAUUGGAGCUUUGAUCAACAUGGUGUCUUAUUAUCUCGUAGGUGCCCCGGUUGGAGUUUACUUAGCUUUCAGUCGUGAGUGGCACGGAAAAGGACUGUGGUGCGGUGUUAUGGUUGGAUCCGCUGUACAAGCCACUAUACUGGCUAUUGUCACAGCUUCCAUGAACUGGAAGGAACAGGCUGAGAAGGCUAGGAAGAGAAUAAUCUCAACUGAAAAUGGAUUGCCUUAAAGAAAAGGUGUUUCUGAGAGCUAUCUCAAACUAUUUGUAACACUGUCAAAACAAGGUGCAAAGUUUUAUCAAUGUCAUACUUGAUGUGUUACAAUUUUUUUUUAUAAAAACUGUAUGUUCCAUGUUUUAUAAAUAUUUAAAUUCUUU